GCUGCGCGUGCGCGCCCGCGCGCCGGAAGCGGCUCGGCCCCGACGCCGGCGGCGCCGGAAGCCCCCGCGGGCGGUCUCCGGAGCUUGGGGAGACGUGGAGACGCCGGGUUCGGCCUCCAGCCGUGACCUCUCACCCUCCCCUCCCGCCCCCGCCCGGCGCCUGCGCGUUUCCCUUUCCGGGGCAAGAUGGCGCCGUCCACGCCGCUGUUGACAGUACUGACUUGUUUGAUUGGGACUGUCCUAGUCUUCCUGUUGAUUUGACAAGCUUCUUCCAAGCUAUUUCCCACAUUUCCUGGACUCUUGUCCGAGGAUCAGAAGGACUGUACAUGGUGAAUGGACCACCACACUUUACAGAAAGCACAGUGCUUCCAAGGGAAUCUGGAAAAAAUUGCAAAGUCUACACAUUUAGUAAGGAUGGGACAUUGUUUGCCUGGAACAAUGGAGAAAAAGUAAAUAUAAUCAGUGUCACUAACAAGGGACUACUGCACUCCUUCGACGUCCCAAAAGCAGUUUGCCUUGAAUUCUCGCCAAACAACACUGUCCUGGCAACGUGGCAGCCUUACACUGCUUCCAAAGAUGGCACAGCAGGGGUACCCAACCUACAGCUUUAUGACGUGAAAACUGGGACAUGUUUGAAAUCUUUCAUACAGAAAAAAAUGCAAAACUGGUGUCCUUCCUGGUCAGAUGAUGAAAUUAUUUGUGCGCGAAACGUUAACAAUGAAGUUCACUUCUUCGAAAACAACAAUUUUAACACAAUUGCAAAUAAAUUACAUCUGCAAAAGGUUAAUGACUUUAAUUUAUCACCUGGAAGCCAACCUUAUAAGGUGGCAGUCUAUGUCCCAGGAAGUAAAGGGGCACCUUCAUUUGUUAGAUUAUAUCAGUACCCCAACUUUGCUGGACCUCAGGCAGCGCUGGCCAACAAAAGCUUCUUCAAAGCUGACAAGGUUACAAUGCUGUGGAAUAAAAAAGCUACUGCUGUGCUGGUAAUAGCUAGUACAGAUGUUGACAAGACAGGAGCGUCCUACUAUGGAGAACAAACCCUGCACUACAUUGCAACAAAUGGAGAGAGUGCUGUAGUCCAAUUACCAAAAAAUGGCCCAAUUUAUGAUGUGGUUUGGAAUUCUAGCUCUACUGAGUUUUGUGCCGUUUAUGGUUUUAUGCCUGCGAAAGCAACGGUUUUCAACCUGAAGUGUGAUCCUGUUUUUGACUUUGGGACUGGUCCUCGCAAUGCAGCCUUCUAUAGCCCUCAUGGACAUAUAUUAGUACUGGCUGGAUUUGGAAAUCUUCGAGGACAAAUGGAAGUAUGGGAUGUUAAAAACUACAAACUGAUUUCUAAACCAGUGGCCUCCGAUUCUACAUACUUUGCCUGGUGUCCAGAUGGUGAGCAUAUUUUAACAGCCACAUGUGCCCCCAGGUUGCGUGUUAAUAACGGGUAUAAGGUCUGGCACUACACCGGCUCCAUCUUGCAUAAGUAUGAUGUGCCAUCAAACGGAGAAUUAUGGCAGGUCUCUUGGCAGCCAUUUUUGGAUGGAGUAUUUCCAGCAAAAACAAUAAUGUACCAAGCAGUUCCAAGUGAAGUACCUAGUGAGGAACCUAAACCUGCAACAGCGUAUAGACCUCCAGCCUUAAGAAAUAAGCCCGCCACCAAUUCUAAGCUGCAUGAAGAUGAACCUCCCCAGAAUAUGAAACCACAUCCAGGAGGUGACAAGCCACUAUCAAAAACAGCCCUUAAAAAUCAAAGGAAGCACGAAGCUAAAAGAGCUGCCAAACAGGAAGCAAGAAGUGAUUUGGCUCCUGCUCCCACCCCACAGAGUGAACCACGGAACACUAUCACCCAGUCUGCUUCAGGUGAUCCAGAAGUAGACAAAAAAAUUAAGAAUCUAAAGAAGAAACUAAAGGCAAUAGAGCAACUGAAAGAGCAGGCAGCCUCUGGGAAACAGCUAGAGAAGAAUCAGUUGGAGAAAAUUCAAAAAGAGACAGCCCUUCUCCGGGAGCUUGAAGAUUUGGAAUUGGGAAUUUGAAGAUUCACAGAAAGCAAAUUUGCUGACCGGAACCAAUCUAAGCAAAUCUGUUAGUGCCAUGAUGUUCAUGGAGUCUCCACAUGCCCACUUUUAACAUCAGUCUGUAUCUUUAACUAUUUGUCCAAGGCUGCGUAUGUGUGAUUAUUUAAUGAUGUCUAUUAAGUUGACUUUUACAUCUGCACCCUGUAUCAUGUCAAUAUGUGAUAAAGAGAGAUGAUGUUUUGUCAGGUAAGCUUAACAAAUUGACGGACAUUUGUUUUUAAUAGGUAACAGUCUUUCCUAUAUAAAUAAAUAAAGACAUUUAAAAUUUU